UAAAUCGAUAUUGGUUAUGUACAGUUAAAACUCUACCACCGUCAGUACAAUGGCGACUAAACAUGACGGAAUCGUCAAUCUAAACGCAAGAGCCGGUGUACCGUGGUGAAAAUGAUGAUGUAGUUUUUGCAGGAACACUUUAUGCAGAGGCAAAAAUGGAGAACGAGUUCUCUUUUUCAUCUCCGGCGUGGAGUAACAACGUUCGCGCGUUUCUAUCGCAGUUCUCCGAUGUCUUUAGCGCAUUUGCGCGUUAUAUAUCGCCGACCUAUCAUCAUGACCGAUGCGAGCGCUCGGUACAGAUGAGGCUCUAUGCCCUGAGCAAGCGCCAGUUUGUGAUGGUCUACAUCGUCUUCUUCAUCUGCUUCGGAAUCAGUGUUCUAGUAGGAGUGGCAGGACCACCCAUCAUUGAAACUGUAUCCCAGAAUUCAUCAGCUUUACCCAACUCCAGUGGAAUCAACAAGAAGACAGGGCCGUUUGUUCUGAAGUCGCCCCCGAUGUCCACAUUUCACCAGCAGCUGUGGCUAAUUGCAGAUAUCAAUACGGACAGCCAGGGAGGGUCCCGGUUUGAGCAGCCAUUCACGGUCAGUGUACAGAUAAGGGGACUUAAGUCUGACCAAGAAUUGCUCUCCACCGCCCCCAAGAACCCGGAACUGAACUCCCAGACACACAACCGAACCAGGGUGCUUCGAUGUUCUCAUAAAUGUGAUGAUUUGAUAUUGCUUCACCUGGGAUACCUAGAUUACUACCGCUACAUCAUCACGAUACACUUCUAUGGAUUGGAGGGUAGCAAGUUUCAUUUCAGCGACAUUAUUUUCCAUUUUAAAAGUUACAACACAUCUUUCACCAACACAGAGAUUUGGAUCCGAUUUACUUUCCUCUUCCUCACUUUUAUUGUAACAUGUGUGUAUGCCCACUCUCUCAGAAAAUUCUCCAUGCGGGAUUGGUCGUUUGAGCAGAGAUGGAUAACUCUUCUGCUACCAUUACUUAUCUUCUACAAUGACCCCCUGUUUCCGCUAACAUUCCUGGUGAACAGUUGGGUCCCUGGAAUGUUUGACGCCAUAUUCCAGGCCUCCUUCCUGUGUGCUCUCCUCCUGUUCUGGCUGUGUAUCUAUCAUGGAGUCAGACAGACAGACCGACGGUUCAUGCGGUUCUACCUUCCCAAGCUAGUGGUGGUGGGUCUGAUCUGGAUAUCUGCGGUGACCAUCGCCUCGUGGCAGGAGUACAAUGAGCUCCAGGACCCGACCUACUUUUACAGGCUGGACACCACUAACUUUACGGGUUUUAAGAUCUUUUUCUUCAUUGUGGGAGGCCUGUAUCUGUUAUAUCUACUUUAUCUACUGGUCAGAGCUUAUGCUGAGCUGCGCGCCAUGCCUUACUUUGAUUUGAGGUUAAAGUUCAUGACCUUUCUGAUGCUGGUCGUGCUGUCCAUCAGUAUAGCCAUUACGGCGAUGAAGUUUGGUGCUGCCGCUCUACAAGAUAAUUUUGUGGCUGAGAUUUCAACUAACUACGAGAACUCCAUUGAGUUUGUGGCCUUCUACGGUCUUCUGAACUUCUACAUGUACACAAUGGCCUUUGUGUACUCACCUUCCAAAAAUGCACAGUAUGAAACUAAUUUUAAAGACAAUCCUGCUUUAUCCAUGUUGAAUGAUUCUGAUGAAGAGGUGCAUUAUGGGUCGGAUGCUGAAGAGAUCAGCCUGACGACUCGGAGAGGAAAUUGCUACCAGGACGAGGAGGAGACGUUCCAGUGAGGUCAUUGAAGUCACUCUUACCCAGUGUGAAAAAUACCACAAAGUAAUAAAAAUCAUUACGACCAAAAUAGAGUGGUUAGGUGUGAUCAAAAUGAAAUCCAGACUACUUAAUUAUUACAAAAGAAAAAACUUGAAGGCAAAGUUGAGGGAUAAUCUGCAUGUUAAGAAGAUGAAAUCCAAUUCAGUAUGAGGAACUGUUAUACCGUAUGUUGGAAUACACUGUUAUAUGUCGGAGUACAUUGUUGAAUGCCAGAAUACACUGUUACAUGUCAGAAUACAUUGGAGUGAUUGUAGUGUACAUCAAAGAACACAUGUUGUUAGACGUCAAAAGUUUUAUUUCUCAGGAUUCAACAGUGUUCAAACUUACAGCGUUUUGUUCAAAGAAUUUAUGCAAAUUUAUUAACGAAGAUUAUUUUGUACUUACCAGUAUAUAUUAUGUUUGGAUACACUAAAUAUGAAAUUUAAUAUUAAUGUUUAUAUGGUCACAAAGGUUGGUAAUGCAGUAAAGCGGUUAUUUUUAUAAUUUAUUGAGAAAUGGGCAGAUCUGACACUUUUUAAAUUUCUUUAUCAUAAUUUACAUUCCUGAGUACAUAUUUAUCAAGUUGAUGCAAAUGUGCCAUUGUUUGAUUUGAGUAACACAUUCCAACAAUUUUUGUUUGAUUUUGCGAUAAAACUUGGUUUUAAAGUGUCAAUAUAUAUAUAUGUUUAAAUGAAUUAAAAAAUUUAUUCUAUAAAUGGUAACUUUAAUUUUUGAAAAUAAUUUUAAUCAAAAUUCGGGGGGAAAUGAAAUUCAAAUUACAAAUGCUGAAUAUGUAUCUGCCAUAACAAGAUUUUUACUGUGUUUGCCAUAUAAUUUGUUUUUUAUCACUUUUGCUUGUACACAAUAAUUUAAACAUGGUGAUAUUGGUUUAUUCGGCUUAUCGGCAAUUGUGAUAACACAUGGUUUUUAAUCAGGAAUGUCACACUAAUGUUAUAUUCAGUUGGGUUUAUUUAUUAGCGUUGGAUUGCGAAUUUCAGUGGGAAUGAAAACACAAAAAUCAAGAAUGGGUGAUUUUGAUUUUGAAAUGUACAAUACAUGUAGACUACAUGUACUUCUGAACUACAGAACAUGUACAUGUAUAUAAGGUAAUACAUAAGGUAAAAGGUAAUACAUGUACAUGUAUAUAAAAACUUAAGACAUGCUGUUUUGCAGUUAUUUGUAGCUGUUAUCAGUAAAAAGUACUAUUGCGGUAUGAUUAUUGUUGAAACCAUUGUUUUACUUUGUUGUGCAAUGAAGUUUUAGUAUGAAAGGUCGACAGAAAUACAUUUUACCAUGUAGAUAAUCAUGCUAAUAGGUCUAGCUCCUGUGAUAUUGUAUAGUGCGUCAUCGUGAUAGAAUAAUAUACUGUAUACAGGGAAAUAUUUGUCCCCAUUUUAUUUUCAACCCAUUCACCGUCGUUGUAAGUGGGUGAAUUCAGAACAAUUUUUAAAAUUAAAAUUACUGUGUAAGUUAGAAAGAAUUUCUAUCAUAUACUUGUCUGGGUGAAUUUAAGACGGGUCAAAAUCGUUUGCAAUUGAAGAAGGGGGAAUUGAAUAUAGGGGGCAAAAAUAACCCUGUAUACAGUAGAUGUAUUUGGGUGAAAAUAUUUUGUUUUUUGUGUGAUUUUGGGUCAGUGGUGUCAUACAAACUACCAGUGCUUGGGACAUUUAUGGUGGUCCUUGGUAGUUAUGUAAAUGUACCAGUACUUAGCCAAAAGGAAACUUUAUUCCAAGAGGAACAAUGCACUUCAUGUCUGGGUUUUAGUCACAUUGAAAUAUAUGGAAGUUAUGGAUGUAUAUUUAUGAAAAUGAUACAAUCAUGUGAACAUUAUUUAAUUAUUAUUUGGUUACAUGAUCCGGCAUUUUUUUAUUCUUUAGUCAUUAUAAAGUCAAGGUUUAUGAGUAAUGGAGGUUUCAUUGAGUUUUUGAUGUUUAAUUGUUUUCUUUUUUGAAAACAGUAUCAUAUAUAUGAUAUAUGAUACUUACAAAUAGGUUUAUGGUUUUAACUCACAUGUAAUAUAUUUAUUUGUCACAAAAUUGUCUUAACUUAUUUUGCAGCAUAAAGAUACACUAAUUACAGUUAUUUUUAAAUUGAAAUGUAUUAAUAUUUCAUUUGUCACAAUACAUGUAAUACAUUGUAGAAAUCACUGUCUACAUAAUAUCAUUUUUAAGUUUUAAUAUUUUCUAUGAUUCUAUCAAUGAAUUUGAAAUCCAACUUCAAUACAUGUAGUUUUAUUUAUUUUUAAAAGUUUUAAUGAAUUUGGGUAUAUUUAGAUAAAUGAACUAUAUCUAAUGCCAAGAAAAGCAAUCUGUUAUAUAAAACUGAU